CCAAACCAAAUAAAUGCAGCUUUAAAUAAUAAUUCUUCCUUCUUCAUCUUCACCAUCAUUAUUCAGACCAGUCCAACAUCCAGUCUUUUUUCUUCCUUUUCUUUUAUCCCUUCAUUGUUACAGAGAACAAAUUAGAAAGCUGUCUGAAAACACCAGAAAUAUAUGGAGAAACUACAAAUGUAUGUUAACCAAACACUAUGUUUAUACAAAUACUACAAACUUUUCUUUCUUGGUUUCUUGUGUUUGUUAACACUGUUUCCAACUUCAUCUUCAAACAUUUCCUUCGAUUUUUAUGCACUAUCUUGCCCUACAGCUGAAUUCAUGGUGAAAAAUACAGUGAGAUCAGCUUCCUCUAUGGACCCAACACUCCCUGGAAAACUUCUUCGUCUCCUUUUCCAUGACUGCUUUGUUGAGGGUUGUGAUGCAUCUAUACUUUUAGAAGGGAAUGGAACAGAGAGAAGUGAUCCAGCAAACAAGUCACUUGGAGGAUUUUCAGUAAUAGAAUCUGCAAAAAGAGUUUUGGAAAUCUUUUGCCCUAGAACUGUUUCUUGUGCUGAUAUUAUUGCAUUGGCUGCUAGAGAUGCUGUUGAAUUCGCAGGAGGGCCAAACGUUCAAAUUCCAACUGGGAGAAGAGAUGGGAAAAUUAGUUUGGCUUCAAACGUGAGACCAAAUAUAGUGGACACAAGUUUCUCAAUAGAUCAAAUGAUUAAUAUAUUUUCUGCAAAGGGAUUGUCUUUGGAUGAUCUUGUUAUUUUAUCAGGAGCACACACCAUAGGAUCAGCACAUUGCAAUGCAUUUAGUGAUCGUUUUCAAGUGGAUUCAAAGGGCAAUGUCAGUCUCAUUGACACAUCUUUAGACAGAGAAUACGCAGCUGAGCUAACAAAGCAGUGUCCAGCAGGAGCAAAUCCCUCAAUUACUGUCAAGAAUGAUCCCCAAACCCCUCAACUCUUUGACAAUCAGUAUUACAAAGAUUUGUCAGCACAUAAGGGACUUUUCCAAUCUGAUUCUGUUUUGUUUAGUGAUGGUAGAACAAGGAAAAGAGUGAUGGAUUUUGCAGAUGAUCAGAACAUCUUUUUUCAGGGUUGGAGUCAGUCUUUUGUGAGACUUGCUGAUCUUGGAAUUAAGUCUGGGGAUGAAGGAGAGAUUAGAGGUUCUUGUUCAGUCACUAAUUAAUGUGUGAUAUAGAGAAGUAGCCAGAAUUAAACAGAUUAUAUUGUUGUAAUUAGCUUUUCUGCCUUGAUAGCCUAUAAAUGAUGGUAAGUGACCUGUUAUUGAUGUUAAAACUAAUAAUAUUUAAAUUCUUUUCA